GGCGUUUUCUUUUUUGUAUCCCUUGCCUGUAGAAGCAGAGAAGAAGAUAGAAAUUAUUCCAGCAUCGGGAGACACCCAGGUUAACAGCAGCAAGCUGUUUCUGUGCAAAGUGAAGGGGAGUGAAGCUGAAAUGAAAUGGUUUUCCCCGGAAGGAACGGAAAUCGAGAAUGAAGGCGACGAACGAUUUCAGGUGGAAACCAUCGAUGAGACAACUAAAAAACUGAUGAUCAAUAACGCAGAAACGAGCGACAACGGAGUCUACAAGUGUGUGGCCACCUUUGAGGACUGGACGGAAAAAUCAGCCACUGUCACUGUAAACGUCCUCCCUCCCCCCAUUGCUUGGAUUUCUGAAGAUAGUGUCAACGUGACCGCUGGCUCCGCCUCCAGAAUCUCUAUUACCUGUGUGGUGGAGGGGCACCCCCGCCCUCACGUCAACUGGACCAGGAACGGAAGACCUAUUAAUGCGAAACCUGGGCGGUUAGGGUUUAACUCGGACCAGAGCGUUCUGACAAUCUACGCAGUGGAGAAGGCGGACGAGGGACAAUACACCUGCAUAGCCACCAACAAAAUCAACAGCUCCAGUGACAAUGUGACCCUGCACGUGUCAGUGAAACCAGAAGUGCAGCUUGAAAGGUCCACAGAGGCUCGACCCCUGGCAGGUGUUUCAAUCACAUGCAAUGCCACAGGAGACCCCGUUCCCACAAUACACUGGGUCAGGAAGGGCAAUAAACUGGUCUCCGAUAGCCGUACCCAAAUCUCCCAGAAGCCCGACAGCAAUUCCUCUCUCUCGUCCACUCUAACGCUGCAGAAAGUGGAGCCCUCGGACUGGGGCACCUACACCUGUGUUGCCACUAGCCCAGCCGGGGAGGACAGACGAAACGUCCUUGUGCAGACAGAUCCUCCUCCCUUCACCCCAGACAACGUGAGAGCUAAUCCAGGAGUCUCCUCCCUGGAUAUUACAUUGAAGUCUCCCGAACUGAUCGAAGGAGCCGAGAUCCUCCGAUACAAACUGCAGUGGAGACAGGAGGGUGCAAACCAGUGGAGUACAAAGACUGUGGAAGCCAAUAAUGCCCUAAGGAUCACUGACCUCCUCCCCAACACACCAUAUGAGGUGCGAGUCGCUGCCAUUAACAAGAUAGGAGAAGGGGGCUUCUCUGCACAGCACAAGAUCCACACCCUGGCAAGCAUGGCGCAGUCCGUGUCUCCGAAGCCAGUCGUCGGCACUGGCGGAAUUGUGGGCAUCGUCAUGGUGAUCUUCCUGGUGCUGCUUGUUGCCGUGGAUACCGCCUGCUACUUCACCAAUCACUGCGGCCUGAUGAUGUGCAUCGCGGUCAACCUGCUGGGCAAGAGGCCCCCGGGGGCCAAGGGACAAGACGAGGAGAGGAACGUGUCCACAGUCGACGUGGGACUGAAAGGGUUAAGUGCGCAGCGGGGGGGCGGCCCGAAUCAGCCGAACGAGGUUCUGAGCGAUGUGACGUGUGACCAAGCGCCCCUCACCAGAUUUGAGAAAAUGUCGGCAAAGGAUCAGGUGUUGGUCGCCUGCAGUAAAGCGUGAGCCGGCUAGACCAGGACACACAGAGCCGAUGGGAGUCUUUGGGACCGAAGUUUUUUUAGGACAGUUUUAAUUACAUAGCGAAUCUCACAAGCAUGUACUGAAAAUCACUGUUGAAAACGUACACACAAAUCCACUAUAACCGCUCGUUUAGCAAGAGAGACACUGUUCUGUUCAUUGUACAGUCACAGCACAGUUAUACAACCAAAGAUUUCUCUCAGCCUAACAUUCAAUUCUAGAUCUGGUUUUGAGGAUUAGGCAAUCAAUUAUAUGCCAGGUUUUAAAUUGCAGUGCAUCUUAACUUGAUGCCAUUCUGUACAUAGACAUAAUAUAGUUAUGAAUAACCCUUUGAAUUAUAACAGUACAAUCUUGUUUUUUUGUUUUUUUUUGUGAUUUAUAAUGAAUGAAUAACUCAUUUGUACAGCUCUGGACAAAAGUUUUGCAUCACGCUUCAAGACAUCUCUCGUCAGAAGUCAAUGCGGGACUUCCAUGUGUUUCUGUUAUUGAUGUCUGUGAGUGCGUGCCUGCGUGCGUGCGGGAGUGUGUGAUGAACUUCAAUUCUGUAUAUAUAUAUAUAUAGUAAAUGUAUUUACUCUGUAAAAAACAAACAAAUAAAAUACUAAUCUCCUUUGAAAAUUUGAAAUAAAGAAUAAUUUUAUGAAUAUUGUUGUGAUUGUGUUCUGUGUCGAUAAAGAUCACAUUAAACCCGUAUAAAUGAA